CCAAAAGGGCACCCUCUCUUCCUUCUCAAAACCUCCCCCACCCCGCCACAAAUGGGGCACUCAGAAGAGACAGAGGUAGGUCUUGUGAAUGAGUUAAUCCCCUGGAUGGGGGUGGGGGCAAGGCCUGGGACUGCAUGAACAUAGAGACACCCAUCCAGGAAAGGGAGGUUUAUGCAAGGCAAGUUUGGAGUUGGUGGUGGGGUAGCAGCCAAGGGGAAAACUUGCUGACUAGAUGAUCAUUACUGCAGAUAAAUUAAAAAAACAACAACAGGGCUUUGAUAGUGGACACUGGUCCCCUACAUGCAUGAGCACCCACAUAGUCUCAAUGACCAAAAUAGUUCGAAUCCUCUAUGAGUGUCUUGCUGCAAUAGCAGAGAAGUGAAAGCUAUGAUAGUUGGACACCCUGCUGGGCAAAAGGAGAACAUGAAAGAGAUCUGGCUGGUUCAGCAUUGGAAGAGUGAGCCACAUCCAACACAUAGGCACAGAGCAGAGAACAGUUUUCUCCUCAACCCAAAGCACCAAUGCCUGCAACACCCAGCUCUGGAGGUGUGUAAACUGCAGCUUCCAGAAUCCUCUAGCACUCAUCACUCCCUGCAGCAGCAAUGGUGGCAUAGAUAACACUGCAGAUCCUGCUACAGGGAGAGUGGGCUCCCAGGAUUCUUUGGUGACCAGUCGCAGAGAGGAUGUAAUGUGGUAAUAUUAACAGGGUUUACAUAUUAUUUCAAAGUAAUCUACAGCUAUCAACUGAACAGCAGCGACCAGAGAGAGGCCCCCAGGCAAACCCAUUAUCCUGGCACCCCUGGAAUUUGGGGAGUGUUCAGAAUGAGAAGCUGGGUUUUGUCCCUUGUGCCCAUCGUUAGUAAUAACAGACAUGCCAUUGAUACAGAAUCGUUCUUCCCCAAAGAUCCCAUAGCUGCCCACUUUGAGCACCCGUGAAAUGCAGCCACCUCUGGGGUGGAGAGCACCAGAUAAACUACAGAUCCCAGAAUCCUCCUGUGCCCAACACCUGCAGUGGCGUCUCCAGCCUGGGAGGGACGGAGAGGGAGAGGGAGAGAUGAGGAUGGAAGGAGGAGGGGAGGAAACGCAGGCUCCAGAGAGGGUUUCGUUGACCUGGGAGAGCCACCCGCCGCAGCCCGCAAACAGCAGCCGGGCCAAGUGGGUCCGGCUGAACGUCGGGGGCACGGUUUUCCUCACCACCAGGCAGACCUUGUGCCGGGAGCAGAAAUCGUUCCUCUGCCGCUUGUGCCAGGGGGAGGAGCUGCAGUCAGACCGGGAUGAGACUGGUGCAUACCUAAUAGACCGGGACCCCACAUAUUUUGGACCUAUCCUGAAUUUCCUCCGUCAUGGCAAGCUGGUGCUGAAUAAAGACAUGGCUGAGGAGGGGGUUCUAGAAGAAGCUGAAUUCUAUAACAUCGGCCCUUUAAUCAGAAUAAUCAAGGACAGACUGGAAGAGAAGAACUACACCAUAACACAGGUGCCUCCGAAGCAUGUGUACCGGGUGCUGCAGUGCCAGGAAGAAGAGCUCACUCAGAUGGUUUCCACUAUGUCAGAUGGAUGGCGCUUUGAGCAGCUGGUGAAUAUCGGGUCAUCCUAUAACUAUGGGAAUGAGGACCAGACAGAGUUCCUGUGCGUGGUCUCCAAAGAGCUGUACAACUCACCCAAUGGCCUGAGCUCUGAGCCUAGCCACAAAGCCAAGGUGAGACCAACCUGCACUUCACCGUCCGUGUUAAUGGCUUAUCUUCAUCACCAUAAGAGCCUCUUCUCUGUUUCCUCCCUCCCGCUCAGCGGUGAGCUAACCAGGUGGUGAAAUGUCAUGGCCUGUCCCUUUGUUCAGAGUCAUGAAGCGCUACCUCCUAACGAACAGGACCUUGUAUGUGUGGCAAAUCACUAUAACAAGGUACCUCUGUCCUUCUUGUGCCUCCCCAGUCUGCCUCCUCAUCUCCUACCCACGCUGAGUGUGUCACUAUCAUCAGACCCAUCAGUGUGUGAAUACCCAGAAUGCUUUGCAGUGGGUACCUUUGUUUGCUGACUAGAGCACCGUAUCCUCUUUCUGGAGAGCGAGGAACGCUUUCUCCACUGAGUUGUGGUGUGUGGAAAUGGGAGGCACCCUCCUCACCUUCAGGCCAGAGAGGGAGGUGGGAAACUCCCUUGGGGCACACUUUCUUGGUAGACAUGGGCACUCUUUCUUGGUAGACACAGAACAUGGGAAGGACCAAAAUCCAUCAGUCCCUGACAACCCUCUGCAUUUCUAUGUGGGGAGACGUACCUGCCUGAUUCCCAUGGGCAAUCCCCGCUCAGGGUUCCAGAGAGAGCCUGAAUUUCUCUGAACCCUAAAGGUCUUCAGGCCAUUCCUCCCUAUAUGCAAAUCUGGCCGCUGCUUUGAGCCCUUGCGCAUGAACAAGAAUCACCAUGGCAGGUCUUGCAAGUGUCUCCGAUCUUUCUUCCCUUUGUACUGCACGCUGGGCCGCAGAGCACAGAGGAGGAUCCAGAGGAGGAAGAGCAGGAGCAGGAGGAGGAGGAGGCAGAGGCAGAGGAGAAAGGUGCAUCAAAUCCCUGAGGAAAAUGAUAAUAAUAAAAACCCAACCAUAAAGCCGUCCGUUCCCGACUGGUGAGAGUCCACACAGCUAGUGUCAGGGAAGCAGUAGGGAAGGGGCUGAGGGAACCACUCCAGGGAGCAGGGGAUGCAGUGGGGCUAAGGUCACAGUGGUACAGGUGGGAGAUCUAUUACACAUGGCUGCUACUUUAUAUUUAACUUUUUAUUUUUUUUAUUUUUAUUUGCAGCAAAUUAGUCUACUCGGGAUUCUGCUAAUUCUUUCUCCUGUCCAGAUUCCCUCUCCUGCUCCCUUCCCGCCCAUGGGGUUCUUGUCACCUCUCUCCUACUUCCUCCCUUCCACACAGUUCUUUCCCCAAGAAUCCCUCCCUCCACUCCCCUCUUCCCUCACUCUCUCUCCUCGUGUACCUGGUUUCCUGCCUCCUCUCUCACCUUCCACUUCUGGGGUCCUGUGUGCUCCCUGCUCAGGAUCCUGUCUCCUCCUGCUCCUCACUCUUCCUCCUCUGCAGGUGUGUUACCUGUCUGCACUCUCAGAUAUGACUCUGAGCUCUGCAUGAGUGACUCUCAUCUCCUCCCCUCUUAUGGAUCUGGCCCUGGUUUGUAGGUCUUUGGUGGGGGCAGGGAGUGGUUGAUUCUUUCCUUACUCUGUGCUUUUCUGAUUCUCUUUGUGUGUGUCUUACUUUUUAAGCAGGCCUUACAGUUCUGGACUAGAGGCUCUGGUAGCAGAAGGAAGAGCAAAGCUGUGAGACAUUGAGAGGGAUGGAAACAAGGGCAAGGAAGAUAGAUGGGGGGCUGGGGAGAAUGCUGUAUUUCUGCCUGGCAUAUGUGAACACAGGACUUUUCCCCAGAAGCUGCUGUUUAAUCCUCCUCUUGAUAGAUGAAAGAAUAUUUUGCAUGAGGAUUUCCAUAUAUUUCCCUGCCUUUAAAAGCAACCUUUGCCAGGUGGGCGUUUCCCAGCAGAUUCUGACAGGGUAAGCGUUCUGGGGAUGAAAAUAGAAACUAGGCAGCUCUGUGUGAAGUGUGCCCCAAUUUUUGGCAGAGAGAGAGAGAACUUGGGCUCACUGCCCUAGUUGUGUGGUGAAGGGGGUGAGGAGGCCUGAGAAAGGGGCCUUGCUUCUAUCUUUUUAGGGUGUUUACAGGAUUUGUGCUAAAUUGGGGGUUCCUGAACCCCUCUUCCCACACCCCUUAGAUUAGGGGGAGUCAUUGGUUCUCUGGUAUUUGCCAGGCUCUCUCCAUCCCUCUGUUUAGGGGUCUCUCUGCCCUUAGCUGUGGGGCCUGAGAAUUAUACUGAGUCAGUAUAUUUUACUCACAUGGAUUUUCCUUCCUCUCUCUUUCUCUCCCUCCCUCCUUUUUCAUGUCUCUUUCUUUUCUGUUCUCUCAUCUCCUGUCACUUUGCUUUUCCUCUUCCUCUCGAUUUGUGUUGCUCUCCCUCUCUCCUCCAUGCUCGAUUUCUCUCUGCCUUUGGUUUUGUUCUUUGUCUCUCUCUCGUUUUCUAGUUGUUACAAGCCAGAGGCCUCAGGAUGUGAUGCCAACGAUCAACUCCAGCCUUUUAAUUUCCAUUUAAAAUCUUUAUUUUUGUACUGUAGUUUAUGGUAGCCCUCUGGGGGAAAGCGUCGCAGUGACUCCACUCCUCACCCUCAACUUGUUGCCUUUGUUUUUAAAGGUUUCAGAGUAACAGCCGUGUUAGUCUGUAUUCGCAAAAAGAAAAGGAGUACUUCUGGCACCCUAGAGACUAACCAGUUUAUUUGAGCAUAAGCUUUCGUGAGCUACAUCCGAUGAAGUGAGCUGUAGCUCACGAAAGCUUAUGCUCAAAUAAAUUGGUUAGUCUCUAAGGUGCCACAAGUACUCCUUUUCUUUUUGUUUUUAAAGUUCUGUUUUGGAAUAUCGUUUCUGAAGCUCACGCUCGCAUCCCCCCUGAGAAAGGCAGAUACCCCCGCCUGUGUGUCUGACUUGCUGCAGGGGAUGUAAUCCACACCCUGCAAUCUCCCCAGGCCCACAGGAUUCCCCUUCCUUAGGGUCACAGUCAGUGCUUAAUUUGUGCCAGGGCUGAGCCCCGGCAUCUCUAGGCUUGGCAGUUCAUAGCCCCGGCACCUCUGGACUUGCCGCAUCAGUUUUGAAAGUAAAUCAUUGCUUGAGCCCCGGCACCUCUUUCGCUAUAAAUUAAGCACUGGUCACAGUGACCCUUGCUGGGGAGGACAGAACUCAGCAGCUACACGCUUCCUUCCUACCCCGACCUGCUGACUAGAUUCAGGCCUGUGUGUCUGAUUCACUGUCAGAGCCACUGUUGGGGAGGGCAGUUGAGCUGUGCUUGUCACCAGGGGGCAAAUGGGGAAUCCCUGCCUCUCUCCGGAUAGCCUCUGUGCUUAGCACAAGGAGUAAAGGGGCAGCCUUGAUCCUUUGCUGGGUAAUACACACACAGAGGCCCUGCAGGGAGAGAUUUAAUUUCAAUGGGGGUGAAAGAGGCAGGAAUACGGCAUGGCAUACCUGGCUUCUGAUGUAGCUUCUGACUGUUCUAGGAAGGAGAUGCCUGCCAGGGCUUCUGGGCAUGGGGUGUUUCUGCAGUGUCUGAGGAUGCUGUGUUAUAACUCCUGAAUAAAUGUCACUGUCCAUUA